CCAGCCAGGGCUUGGGCUUUGCACCCGGCGGAGGCUGAGGACCGUGGCGGCUGCGGACCCGGCCGCGCAGGCUGGUAGAGCGGAGCUGCCCUGGCCGGUGGCGGGCGAUGCCCCCGUGAGCUCUCUCGCCCCGCUCCCCGCCCCGCGCCCCCACUCCCUCGGAGUCCGCAGCCCGCCUGGGCCCGGGCCGCACCUACCGCCGGGUCCGCGGGGCGGGGUCCCGGGGCAGCACCUGCCCCGCCUUGCUGAAUCGCCUCGCCGGGCGUAGACCCCCUUCCUGUCUGGACUCCGGCUCCACCUCCAGGAACCUAUCACAUCACUUCCUCCUGGGAGCUAUCCUGAUUGCCUCCCCCACCCCCUUUCUUGAAAGCUGGUGUCUGGGCAGAAGUUAACUGGAGCCUCGCGUACAUGUCCUAGGGGUGUGCUCUUGGGAGGGGCCCAGCCCCCGGUGAUGCCGGACACCACGCUCAGACUCAUCAGUUUGAUGAGGAAACCAAGGCCCAGAGGAGGCAACACCAGGAAUGUGCAUACGUUCUAAUCACACCUCCUGGUUCUUAACUGUUCCAGGCUGCCCGACCCAGGACGCCUGCUCCACAGAGUUACCUGAGGCUUUGCUGCCACUUGGACCAUGUUUGACGGGGAGCCUGGUCCAGCCUCGGCUGCAGCCUCCAGGAAUGUGGUUCGGAGCUCCAGCAUCAGCAGCGAAAUCUGCAGCUCCCAGCAAGCUGGGGGCGGGACCGGGACCUCCACUGCCAAGAAGCGGCGCAGCAGCCUUGGGGCCAAGAUGGUGGCCAUCGUGGGCUUGACCCAGUGGAGUAAGAGCACACUCCAGCUCCCCCAGACUGAAGGGGCCACCAAGAAGCUGCGCAGCAACAUCCGGCGGAGCACAGAGACAGGCAUCGCGGUGGAGAUGCGGAGUCGGGUCACGCGCCAGGGCAGCCGGGAGUCCACGGAUGGAAGUACCAAUAGCAACAGCUCCGACGGCACGUUCGUCUUCCCCACCACCCGGCUCGGAGCCGAAAGCCAGUUUAGUGAUUUCCUGGAUGGGCUGGGACCUGCCCAGAUUGUGGGGCGACAGACACUGGCAACUCCACCAAUGGGGGAUGUGCACAUUGCCAUCAUGGACCGCAAUGGGCAGCUGGAGGUGGAAGUGAUCGAAGCUCGGGGCCUGACCCCCAAACCAGGCUCCAAAUCCCUCCCAGCCACCUAUGUCAAGGCUUACCUGCUCAAGAAUGGGGCCUGCUUGGCCAAAAAGAAGACAAAGGUGGCCAAGAAGGCCUGCGAUCCCCUGUACCAGCAGGCCCUGCUCUUUGACGAGGGGCCCCAGGGCAAGGUGCUGCAGGUGAUUAUCUGGGGCGACUAUGGCCGCAUGGACCACAAGUGCUUCAUGGGCGUGGCCCAGAUCAUGCUGGAUGAGUUGGACCUGAGCGCUGCGGUCGUUGGCUGGUAUAAACUCUUCCCCACGUCCUCAGUGGCAGACUCGACACUUGGAUCCCUCACCAGGCGCCUGUCCCAGUCCUCCCUGGAGAGUGCCACCAGCCCCUCAUGCUCCUAAGGACCUCAGGAAGAGGCUGGGCUGUGGCGUGACCCCCACCUCCUCACCUGUACAUAGUCUUCAUGUCUUUCUGGCCCCCUUGCCCUGCUGCAUGCCUGUUGGCUACUGGGCCCAUCCCAGCUGGCAGUGGAGACAGGAGUGGGUGUGUUAUGUGUCUGUGCGUGUCCAUGUGUCUGUGUGUCUAUCUGUAUGUGACCAUGUUAUAUCCAUUCAUUGUCUGGGUGUAGUCAGUCUUGGUGGUGUCAUAGACUGAAAUCCAUAUCUCUCUGUGUCUCUUCGAAAAGAAACCCAAAGGAAUGUUAUGUGGACAUGACUCCCAUUGAGUACAUGGGUGGAAAUGGGGGACACAGCCAUUGGUCUGUCCUGCCUGAUCCCAUGCCCGGGGCAGAGCCCACGUGUCCCUGCCUGUCCCUCCUCUUGGUGGUCCCUGCUCAGUUUUCUGUCUUGUCCUUUGCUCCACUGUUGCCUCUCCCAGCACUGCUGCUCUUUUUUGAGGAAUGUAGCCUCCAGUGCAGCUGGCCACACACAGGCCCCUCUGGGGACUGAUACCCCUCCUCCCCACCCAAGCGCUCUGGAAGCCCCUCCCACUGAAUGCACCUGUAGCACAAAAAGCUCACCUGGUGCCCUGGCCAGGGCCUGGGGAGCUGCGGGCUUGGAAACUACCUUCUCCCUUGGACUGGAGUCACCUCCUUCCUACAAGCAAAAUGCAAGGAAGUCUUAGUUCUGGGGUUGCUAGGUACCUUAGAGGGAAGUGCCGGGACCUCCCUUUAGCAUUGUUUUUCACCUCCCAUCGCCCUCCACACCUCCAUCUCCGACAUGCCAAAGGCGCUCUCCCAGUGGGCCCCAGGAGGUAUGGACUGGAGGGUCUUGACAUCCAGGAGGCCAGCCCCAGAGGGGAUGUUGUCUGUCAAAGCAGACAGUCCCUGGAGGCACUCCUGACCUCCCCAGGCCCUGAGGGUGGCCCUACCCCUCUCUUCCCUCAUCCUGGUGGGGCCUGGCUUGAGGAGAUGCUGAGGUCGCGGCUGUUUGCUGGCAUAAGGAGGGUGGGGGCUCAUUACCCUGAGUCACUGCUGAAAAUCCUGCCUGGCUUUUGGGGAUUAGCUGCAUAAAGUUGAUUAUUUGGGGCUCUUUUUUUUUUUUUUUCUCUCAUUUCCAGACCAGGUUCCUUGUCUGGGAGCUCAGACUCACUUGGGCUGCAGCCUCCUGCCUCCACAGACAGCCUGGCACUGGACCCUAGACUGCCACAGUCACCAGCUCUGUACAAGCAAUACUUAACCCCUUAAGCCUCCCUGCGUCCUUGCACACCGCCAUUGCCCUCUGGAGAGUGGCCUUGCCUGCUCUGGGCGCGUCACCUGCCUCUGCUUUCUUUCCACCCUUGCCUGGUUGGAGCUUCCCAAAGCCACUCAAACCCUGACUUGACAGCUGAGCCCUGGGGGUGGGGACAGUCCCUGGGCUGGACCUGAGAUGCCUGCUGGGAAUCCUAAAGUCUGGCACAGGGAGGCUCAAAUCUGUCCUCUCCCUCCUUGGGUCCAGAAUGAAAGGCGAGAGGUUGCCCAGGAGAUGGACAUAGCAGCCCUUGGGCCCAUGUCUAGUGGGGAGGAAAGAGGUGGCAGGAGGGGUCAAGGUAAGGAGGACUGUCUCUGUGCCUCUUCCCCAGACAUCAUCCCCAAGUGCUGUGAUGACUCUAACCCACAUACGUGAGGCCGAGAGGAGCUACCCAGUGAGGGAGUUCAAGUCUCAGGGCCUGAGCACUUGAACUCCAUUCAUAACCAAAGCCAGAUGGGCCUGGAGGUGGAUUCUGAGGGGGCUGGAGAAAGAGGCUUUCUGGAGGUAAAACCAUCUCUAUCUGAAGGGCCUCCUUUUCUGGCAGGGAUCACAGUAGGCUGAAGCCAGAGCCCUGUAACCUCACCCCCCAAAAAACCAGGGGAGGAAGCCAGGACCCCAGCGGUCCUGCCCACAGACAAAAAGCAGGUGAGGGCAGUAAGAAGAGGCACUAAGUGAGCGCCUGGGAGCCUGUCCUCCGUGGGCCUCCACCCUGGGGUCCUCACAGAUGAGGGCCACACUGUGCUGAGGGGAGGGGAGGCAGCAGCCAUCUUUCCUCCUUUUCCCUAUGCAGAAAUUCUCUUCACUGUUGGGACUGGGUAAUGCGUGCAUUUCUCAUGUUUCUAAAAAUGAGGCAAAAGGCUCUGAACUCUUUGACCCUAGGGUGGGGAGAGGGAGGAAGCUUGCUGGCAAAAGGGUAUUUUCGUGGCCUGUCCAUGAUGCAUCCACUCCAGGGCAGCUGCCCUCAGGAGAGAGUGAAGACGGUCUGCGCGUGGGGAGUGAGUGGUGGGACUAUGUGUGCUCCACAGGGUAGUGUAGACUUUUGCUGAUGUGGCACCGAGUGGUGACACCCAGACCGUGCAGUCACCCUCGGGGCAUGGGGGUGGCACCCUCACCUCUGGGUGCCCAGGAGGACAGUGUCAGCAGGGAGGCUACGGCUGGGUGGCUGUGGGUGGCACCCCUGCCCGGUCGAGGCUGGUUGGUGCAGGGGAAGUCCUCGCAGAGGGUGCUCUGCUGUGUUGGUAACUUGGGCUGGCCUGCCUACACCCCCCAGCUGCCAAAACUGCCCAGAUGCUAAGUCACUCCACCAGCCCACCUCUCCAGGGGGAACAAAUUCCCCUCAAUUGACCUUGGGGAAUUCUUCUUUUUAACCCUUUGCACCAAAUAAGUUAACUAAUCUCCACCUGGUUUAUCCCCCUUCACCUUAUGAGGUGAGUAUGUGUGAGACUGAAUGGAGUUUCUCAGCACCCCGCAGGCAGGGGCUGGUCUGAGAAGCUGCUCCAGAGCUAGCCUGUCCCAAGAGAGGAGGCAGCACGAGUGGACUCCUGGCCUCCCCUGGGGUGGGGAGCCUCUAUCCUUUGAAGGAAGGACGGCGGGGUAGGAAGGACCAGGAUCCCCAGGGUUCUCCCUCACCCGGGACCACCCCCCUGCCAGGCAGAGUAUUCCAGCUCCGAAUGCCCCCUGACCCCGGGGAGAACCCCUAGCUGAUUGCAGGAUGGUGCUGUCUGGCAUUCCCUCUUCCCCUGCUCAGGCAGGAGGGGUGGAAAUGCGGUAGGGAUGGGAGCGGCCCCACAGCAAGGCUGGGUUGCAGGAGGAACCGUGAGGGAAGGUUCAGAGCAUCUGUCUCCACGUUUAUGCCCUGCUCCACGUGUCCCACUUCCUUCCUGGAUGCCUUCCCACUCACAGGAAGGCUGAUGAGCGUUUGCUAUAAAUUACGCUCCAGUAGGCGGGGCCAAGUCUUGGUUUGACAGGAGAGAUUUGAUCCUUCAGGGAAGAACCAUCUCCACAGCGCUCCCCCAACCCGUCUCUUCUACCACCCAGCUCUCUUAAGAGAGGAGCACCCAGGAGGUUCUCAUUAUGCAUCAAGUCCCAGGCACUGUCAGCAGUUCAUGGGGCUGAGCCAGAACCCUGGAACCCCAGGAAGAGGCACCCAUGUAGCUCAUCAGCUGUGGGCUCACUGCCGGUUAGAGCACUGAGGUCAAGCCAGUUCUCCCAGUGGCAUGACGUGAACCAGGACAAGCACGCCUGAGCUCUUCUUUACCGUGAGCAUUGAGGUGAGCAGGGAACCCCCGACUUGUAAAGACAGCAGAGCCUCCUGAGGUACUUCUUUGGAAACGAAAUGUAGCACAAUUUUAGACUGCAUUACCAGGAGCCCUGACAUGCAGCCAGAGUUCUUGCUCCACACCCCACUGCCCAGGAGACACUGAGCUUCUCUACUGCUGGGGCUCCAGAGCUCCUAAUACCUCCAAUUCCCCAUCUUCUUUGGCCCAGAAAGCAGCAGGGCUUCAGGAAGGCUGCUCUUCUGUUUCUCUGCUUCCUGCGCUGUGCUAACUCCGUGCGAGAAAUGGCUGCCUUGAUGUUGGUGUCAACCAGGUGUCCUUCCCAGGUGGAGAGAGGUGAUGCAUCAUGCAGGGCUGGGAGGCUGUCCAGCCAGACUUCUGCAGAGGCUGCAAGGAGAUGGAAAUGACGAGGCCUACUUCCCUGCCGACUCCUACCUUUCUCUCCCUCUGCUCAGCGUUUUCCCCUCCAAUCUCUUGACAUGUAAAGAGGCUCUUUAAAAUGCUGCUUCUUAUACUGGAUUAUUGUUCAUUGGAUGAUCAGAGAGGAGAUGGGAACGUAGAUUCGUCCCCUGCCUUCCCCCUCAAGUCUGCUUUUCACUCAGGUCAGAAGAGAUUGGGACAAAACAGAACAAUCAUGACUUAAGGGCAGGGGAGCCCCAUCCACUCAGGUGUAGCCUGAUGGGGGCUGGAUUGGUCUGGUCUGGCUGGGAAAGGGUUAUUUUGAAAGAGUGCCUGAGCAUCUCAGAGCAAUGUCAGUGAUGCCAAAGAGAGCAACUUGGCCUCCCUGGGCACCAACUCUGCUGGUUGAGCUGCCCAAAUGUGGCAGGGGUGUUGGCAAGCCCACUGGUGGGGCCUUGUUCUCUGACAAAGGGCUUAAUCUUUCCAUGUAGCAAAGCAACUCCCCCUCCCCCAACCCUGAGCUUGGGCUUUUGUGGGCCCAGUACAGCUGUGCCUGUGAGGGAAACCAGGCCAGUAAGAGAAACUUAUAUUCUUUCAGGAGCCUAGACUGGUUUGAGAGCAUAAGUGGACCAGUAAGGACAGGGCCUUGGGCCUCCCAAGGAGUUCACACCAUUGUCAAGAAGGUCCCUGGGACUGGGUCUCAGGGGCUUGGCUAACAGAAAAGGGCCUGGGGAAGCACCACCUCUUUGGUCAAUGGCUGGAUAGCUGGCUACAGGGAAUCAGAGUCUGUUAUAACAGCUUCACCAGAAACUGUGACCUUGUGCAAGUCUCUUCACCUUGCUGGGCCUCAGCUUCCUCAUCUGCAAAAUCGGAGCAUUUGCUAAUUGCACCAUGGUACCCUCCAGGUUGUAAAAGUCUGAUCUGGAGCUGAUGAGGGUUGUGAGCGUGGUGCACCUGGCUCCAGGGGCUGGUUUCUCCCUGCCCCUGGUGGCCAAGCUCGGCGCAGGUCCUCAUCUGUCCACACCCAGAUGCUACUUCUGACAAGAAUUCUGGGAAUACUAAAGACUCUGCUUCCACUUCUUUGUGGUGUGUUCUCCCCCUUCUCUCCUUGUGUACUGGUGAGAAAUCGUUAAGGGUUGUCUACAACGGACAGUUUUCAAGGUGCUGAUGUGAUGUCACAUCCUCAGCUGCGUCCUGCACAGGUCAGUAUCCCCACCAGCAGCUGAGGCUGCGUCAGUCCUCAUUUCUGCUUCUACAGUGACAUCAGUGGGACACUGAACAUCUGAGAGUUUGAAAGGAAAUGCUCUCUGAUGGGAGGAGAGAGGGAAGUCAUUUUCCUUCAAAGUAUUUUGCUUCUUUAAACUCACUCCUCUCUCCAGAAUGUUUUACCAGACAUCUCAGCAGGCAGAGUCGCUGCUUUCAUAGGGAACACUGGCCUGAUUGUUCUAUCCAUUCCUUUAGAAUGUAAAUUCACAAGAGGCAGGAACCACUUUUUUAGAAUUUCCAAAUGCAUCCUGCAAAGAAAGAGAUAGCUGAUAGGGACUGACAAGCACACUGUUUAGAUAAGAAGCAAUUAGCCUUUUAUAUCUGUGCUCUAUACAUUUUCUAUGUGCAGCAUCUUUCCAAACUUGUGGCUCCUAGGUGAUAGGUGGACAGCUGGGAAGGACUGCCGGCUGUUUUGUAUGACAUUCUUGCCAAUUCCCUUGAGAAAAUUCUUCACAUGGCUUCUGCAUGUACAGUAUUUGGGCAGCAAAAUAUGAUUAAAGUCGGUUUGAAAAUGG